AUGGGCUCAGCCGAAGAAUCAACAGUUUUAGUCGUGCCACUGGAGAGCGCUCAGAAGAUCAGGUCCGAGUUAGAGACCUUACAGGUAUGGGAUGCUACACAUAAACUGAAGAAACUGACAGAUUCAAAUCACGUAGCAAUACCAAUUAUUGUAAAUGAACAAAAUAAAUCACUUAUCGCUGAUAAGUGGCCAGAUUUCGAGGUUACCAGAACAUGUCUGCCUAUUUCUAAAAAGGUGAAAGUCAAACAAAAUAAUCCUGCUGUCAGACUUCGAGAUGAAAUAGGGCAACUGUUGAAACUGUAUGGGAUCUCAGAAGAGCUGUUAAAUGAAGUUCCUUCAAAAUGGGAGAAGCAUGGUGACCUUGUGAUUAUACCAACACAUUCGUUCUCAUCUUCAAAAUGGGCUGCAAUUGGUGAUCAGUUGUGGGAGGUGGUAGCCAAAUGCUUGGCUUGCAGAAGGCUAGCUCGUCAUUCAGCUAUUGCAAAUAAUGGAUUCCGGAGUUCAAGGGUCAUAAUGCUCAUAGGUCAAAAUGGGGAGGUUACUCAUGUAGACAAUGGGAUCAGGUAUACCUAUGACGUGACCAAGUGCAUGUUUAGUCCUGGCAACAUCACCGAAAAGCUCCGGGUCGCCAGCCUUGACUGCUCAAAUGAAACAGUGGUGGAUCUAUAUGUGGGUAUUGGCUAUUUUACGUUGCCAUACCUUGCCCAUGCCAAGGCCGGCCAUGUCCAUGCAUGUGAGUGGAAUCCCGAUGCUGUCAUUGCCCUGAAACGUAACUUGCUCAUCAACGGAGUUGCUGAGAGAUGUACCAUACAUGAGGGGGACAACAGAAUGCUUCAGCUCCCACCAGUGGCUGACAGAGUUAACCUUGGCCUGAUUCCAAGCUCAGAGGAAGGAUGGCCUGUGGCUGUCCGAGUGCUAAAAUUAAGUGGAGGAAUAUUACACAUUCAUGGAAAUGUUACAGCCUUCAGUGACAGAAAAGCAAUGGACGGCAAGACUUCAGAUUUUAUUGGUGAUAAAUUCCAGCAGAUUGAUGUGUCAGAGAAUAGAUGUUGCAAGCUAGAUGCUUCCCGUCAGAGGGCAAAGGAGAAUGUGCUUAUAACAGACGAUAACAUUAGGAAUCUUUCUUGCUUUUAUCAGGAAGGGACAGCAAUGAAUACAGCAGAACUUGAUCAGAAAAUUAGAAAUAAUGCGCAGGAGAAUAGAAAUAAUUCUUUGGAAAGCUGUAAGGACUUGAAAACAAAUUCGGGCAUCUCAUAUCUUUCUGGUUCAUUUCUGUGUGGUGAGGGUGAUGUCAGCUCGCAGCCUGAAGAGCACACAUUGUAUCUGCCUUGUGAGAACUCUCUGGAUAUGGACCAGAGAUGGCGACAGACGUCUUCUCAGUCUAUCACGUCAAAUUUUGACUGUGAGUUUACAAUGGUAGCAGUUGACAGUCGGAAGAAUGUUAAUUUAGAAGACAGUAGAAAAGAACAUGAUAUGAACUCAAAAGAUACUUGCCAGUCAGUGCAACACACGUGCACAGAUUAUACAGAUAAGGAAUUAGAUCAAAUAAACCAAAACAGAAAUGAAACAAAUGUACUUUUGGCUUGUGAGCAGUGGUCACAAUAUGUACAGAGACAAAUCAAAUCUCUUUUGGAGACAAAGAAAGGAGGUUCCUGGGCUGUUACCAAGUUACAUUUAGAAAUUGUGAAAUCAUACGCACCUCAUAUCGUUCAUGUUGUGUUGGAUUUAGAGUGCAGGCCUGUGUAG